AUGUUGGCACAAAUAUCCAAUCUACAAUCUCAGUCCGAUGUCGUGACUCUUCAAUCGAAGCUAUCUUCCAUAAGACCACCUCAGGAGUUCUUUGACGUCCGCAGAUUCUCUAAACCAGCCAAUUUCAGCGAGAUCCAGCAGAGAGUCACCUACAACCUGGGCUACUUCCAGGCUAACUAUGCUGCCAUAGUGGCUCUGUUGAGUGUUUAUUCCCUGCUCACAAACUUGUUGCUGUUGUUUGUGAUUAUUUUCACGGUUUUCGGAGUGUUUGGAAUCAACAAGCUGGACGGAAGAGACCUAGAACUGCCCAUGGGAAGAUUGACCACGUCCCAGCUGUACACCGGAUUGUUGGUAGUGGCCAUUCCAUUGGGAUUUUUGGCCUCGCCAAUUUCUACGAUGAUGUGGUUGAUUGGUGCUUCAUCAGUUACGGUUCUAUCACACGCUAGCUUCAUUGAGAAGCCAAUCGAGACGGUGUUUGAGGAGACUGUUUAA